AUGAUACUCGACAACAACAACAACAACAACAACAACAACAACGACAACAACAACAACAACAACAACAACAACAGCAGCGACAGCAGCAAUGGCGUGAAGAGCAGCAGUCGGACGUCCCCUCCAUCACCCUCUUAUCUAGUAUGUUCAAUCCUCCAUGGGGUAUCCAAACAGAAGGCUGAGGGACAGAUCUUCCAACUACCUCCUAUAUUGAGGCCCCCAGCAGUCGCAACUCCAGGGAAGGUAGAUGGUGACUGUGCCCCUUACGCUAGUCUAGUGGUGCCCUCUUUUGCUCGCCAUCCACAGAGGGGCUCCAAUCUUAACGAUAAUUUGCGGAUAUACGAGAAUGGCACUUUCGACUUUGAAGGCACGGAUAAGGCUUCGGGCGUAUCGGGGACAGCGUGCGUUCCUAUAUGUUAUCCCAGUGGAGAGCAGCAGAAGACGGUCUGUGCUGUAUCGAAACACCAACGUGAAGCUCCCUUGUCGCAGCCGGUCCAGUGCUCGCCUGCGGUCCAUGCCUUCAAGACUAUCGACGGUCUGGUGGUCCUCUCUGGGACAGUCGAGGCUCCUCCCGAGCCGACCAUUGUUGGCACCAUCCCAGACCCCGGAAUGAGACCGAGAGAGACGGUGAACAUGCUCAUUCACGCGGCAGGUGUCUGCGCCAGAAUUCAACCGGAUGGCUCCGUCAGAGUUGUUCAUGGCAAUGGUGGUAGAGUCUCGCUCGACGGUGUGAGAUUCAUUGCUGCUGACUGUGACGCCGAUGAGUAUCCACUGCUGGGGAAUAAUCGUCAGAAACUCACUGCGGUUGUUUUGAGGAGGAGUAAGAUGGUCGUGCUGAGUGGCAAAGCUAAAGCCGAUGGAGCGACAGUCCAUAGUAGUGAGGAGAGUAAUACGAGUACCCUUAUUGGGGUGCUGCCUCCUGAAGUGCCCCCACCCCGAAGACUCAUACUACAGCCAGUCUUGUCAUCAGUCUGUGUAGCUGUUACUACUGCUGGUGAUGUUCUCACUACCAGGGUGGGAAGGGGCGCAAGGUUUGUGUCCCUAUCAGGGGUUGUCUGGCCAUAUCCAUACGGUGCUGAUAAUGUGAACACGCAGUCGGUGCCAGUACCGCGCGCCGCAAAGUCGGCACCGCCGCCUCGAAUGCCCGGUCUCAAUGGCAACUUCCGCAAGUUGAUGGAUGAUCAAGAUCUCUUCCAGUGCAUGUACUCGAUGCCGGCCGAGCAUCGAGAGUAUCUUUUCAACAAGGUGAAGGAGAAUCUCGAAAUACUGGUGUUUACCGAGGCCACUGGUCACCAAGCAAAGGACUAUGUGCGCUUCCUCAAGAACCGAGAGCGGAUGAAGAGAAAUCAGACGGUUCAGAGGCAGCACGAGAGACGGAAGCGAGAGUCACCAAUGAGCACUCCGAGUCCGAGUCCGAGUCCGACCCCUAGCCUCAGUCCAACGUGGGUGUAA